AAGCGCUUGUCUCUCUUUUCUAUCCAAUCAGAAGAGCUGCUUCGGAGUAAGCCCCGCCCCUGAGAGAAACCGCCAUCAUGAAAUUAAAAACAAAAAGCAGAUGAGCCUCAGACCGUCCUCAGAAACAGAUUUGAUCGACACGUUGUCAGACCGAGACAGCGGGAACAUGAGUGAGGUGGCGGAGGAAGCGAUGGACAGCUCUGCAGUGUCAGAAGAAGAAGAAGUGGAGGACCAGCAGGAGGCGACGCAGGAGGACACGUCGAGUCCGGACAAAAGCAGCUCCAAAAUAUCCGCCGUGGGUGAAAUCCUCGAAGGCAAGAGAGCGAAGAAGACAGUGGAGAGGCUCGACUUCCAGGCACCCAAACAGAAAGAGAAGCUGAAGAUUGGAGACGGAAGUGGAGAUAAAUUAGGAGACAUUCCACGCACAGGAUUCCAGAUCACCAAGAUGAAACCAGCCGAUCUGAAACCUCUGCACACCAUCCUGUUCGACCGACCUGGGAAGAUGGCCAUGAUAAAGAAGAACCUCCGCCUGUUUAACGGCUUUCCUUUCGACACAGACAGCGAGCAGUACGCCAAGAAAAGAGAGAAGCUUCUCAAGAACUCAAACUUUACAAACUCCAAGCUGAAGGUGGUCUGUGGGGUUUUGGAUCUGGAGAAGAAAGGAACCCACUCGGACCUGGUGGACCGGAUCAUGAGUUACCUCACAGCACCAAAAAACAGCGGCAAGCGUCUGCCCGUGAAGAAGAAGAGGAAAUCAAAGAAGAAGCUCUCCGGUGACGACUCCAACAGCAGCACCAAGAAGAAGAGCAAACCCAAACCCAGGAGCUCCUCGUCCAGCCCCAAGAAAUCCAAAACCGGCAGCAAGUCCAAAGCCAUCGUCAUGGACUCCAGCAGCGACGAGGACGAGGAGGAGGAGGAGGAAGAGAAGGCGGGGGCUUCAGCCGAGGCCGAGGGAUCGGAUACAGAAGACAAACCUUCAGAGAAAGAGGAGGACCAGUCCGACAAGUCUGAGGAGUCUGAGGACGAAGAGGAGGAGGAGGAUGAAGACGAGGAUGAUGAUGAGUCUCCCAAAUCAAAGUCCAGCAAAGGGAAGUCUGCGCCAAAGAAACCUGCAGCGGGGAAGAGACCGAGAGCGCCGGCCAAGAAGACGGGUCCGCCCAAGAAGAGAGCCAAGAAGGAGAGUUCAGACGAGUCCGAGUCUGAGGCCGACAGUGAAGAGGAGGAGAAGCCGAAGAAGAAGAAACCAGCUCCGGCCAAACCUGCAGCUAAAACCAAGAAGGCCGACAGCAGCAGCAACAGCAAGAACAACACCAACACAGCCGAGGACAGCUCGGACGACGACGAGCCGCUCAUCAAGAUGAUCAAAAAGGCUCCGACAGACGAGCAGCUGAAGGCGACGGUGCAGAGUCUGCUGAAGGAGGCAAACCUGGAGGAGAUGACCAUGAAGCAGAUCUGUCAGAGGGUGUUUGACACGUACCCAGACCACGACCUGACCGGCAAGAAGGACUACAUCAAACAGACUGUCAAAUCUCUCAUCACAUGAACCUGAAGAAGAAGAAGAAGAAGAAGAAGAAGAAGAAGAAGAAGAAGAAGAAGAAGAAGAGUGUAAACAUCCUGCUCCUCUGGUCAUCAGUCUCAUCAGUUUGUUUUCAUACAGCAGUUUUCUACAUGAUUAUGUUUUCUAUGAAUGUGUGAUGUGUGUAGUUUUUCAGAUUCAGGUUCAUGUUCACUCGUUCAUGAGAAAAAAACAAGUUUCAAAAAGAGAGAGAGAAGUUUCAUUAAUGCCAAAUCUGAGUGACAGGACGGCGCCUGUUUGUGGAUGAACGUUUGUACAUAUGUUUGUAACGAGGAGAUGUUCUUCAUCAACUUCCUGUUUUUAUAAACUUCACUUUCCUUUGUUUCUGUCCAACUUUAAGUCCAACUUUAAGUCCAACUUUAAGUCCAACUUUAAGUCCAACUUUAAGUCCAACUUUAAGUCCAACUUUAAGUCCAACUUUAAACCCUCUGAUUGUGUGGAGUUAUUGAUUUAUUAAAACUGACCCUUUUUGAAGAA